AUGUCUGAAAUGUCUGCCAUGAAUAGGAAGCUGAUAAAAAAUCUAGCUGAAACAUUGUCAAAACAAGUGAAACACUUCAACAAAACGGAGGCAGAGUGUCUGAUUCGACUCUUCAACGGGCUCCUGGGCGAUCAGAGUGACAAGAGGGUGGGGAAUGGCCUCGACAGAGGAAAGUUCCGAAACAUCCUUCACAACACCUUUGGAAUGACGGAUGAUAUGAUCAUGGAUAGAGUCUUCCGUGCUUUCGACAAAGACAAUGAUAGCUACGUGGGAGUGAAAGAGUGGAUAGAGGGCCUAUCCGUCUUCUUACGAGGGACACUGGAUGAAAAAAUCAAGUACUGCUUCGAAGUGUACGACCUGAACGGAGACGGAUACAUCUCCAGAGAGGAGAUGUUCCACAUGCUAAAGAACAGCCUGAUCCGACAGCCGACGGAGGAGGACCCGGAUGAGGGCAUUAAAGACCUGGUGGAGAUCACUCUCAAGAAGAUGGACCACGACCACGACAGCAGGCUGUCAUAUUCAGACUUUGAGAAGGCCGUAAGGGAGGAGAAUCUGCUUCUAGAAGCCUUCGGAACCUGCCUGCCAGAUGCCAAGAGCAUCAUGGCUUUCGAGCAACAUGCUUUUCAGGAACCACUGGAGUGAUGUGCCCAGGUCUUUCGUCAUUCACGAUGCACACUGUUAUUAUU